AUGGACUGCAGCUGCGUCUCCGACCUUCUCUUCGCCCCGCCUGCCCUGCCGGCUCUCUGGACCCCUGGGUUUGCCUUCCCGGAUUGGGCCUACAAGCCGGAGUCGUCCCCCGGCUCGAGGCAGAUCCAGCUGUGGCACUUUAUCCUGGAGCUGCUGCAGAAGGAGGAGUACCAGGGUGUCAUCGCCUGGCAGGGGGACUACGGGGAAUUCGUCAUCAAGGACCCCGACGAGGUGGCUCGGCUCUGGGGCAUCCGAAAGUGCAAGCCCCACAUGAAUUAUGACAAGCUGAGCCGGGCCCUGCGCUACUACUACAACAAGCGCAUUCUCCACAAGACCAAAGGGAAGAGGUUCACCUACAAGUUCAACUUCAGCAAAGUCGUGCUUGUCAAUUACCCACUGUUGGACGUGGCAGCAGCCACCACGGGCGCUCCGCUCUUGCUGACCCCUGGUCCCUUCGGGGGAGCCCCUGGGCCAGAUGCUCCUCCCCUCACCCCCGAGACCCUGCAGACCCUGUUCUCUGCCCCACGCCUGGGAGAGCCGGGGGCCCGGGCGCCCCUGUUCACCCCCGAGACAGACAAACUGCGUCUGGACAGCCCUUUCCCGUCGCUGGGCUCUGGUGCCACUGGCUAUUCCAAGCCCCCCGGCCUGCUGGGUCCCUUCGGCCGCGCCUUCCCAGAGCACCCCUGGAACUUUAGCCCGUACCUCACCGGCCCCUUCCCCAAGCUGCCCCCGCCUCUCUACCCCCCCCACUUCUACCCCAACCCUCUGGCCAGUUCCCUGGGCCACCUGCCCUCAGCAGGGGCAGGGGGAAGCCCCACCGCUGCGCCCCUGCUGGCUGCCACCGCGGAGGGCCUGGGCCCCGAGCGCCCCUCGGGCCUGGCAGCAGCCCCUCGCCUGGCACUGCCGAGGGCUGGGGGCCCAGAGGCCGCGCUGGGGGGGAAGGAAGACAGCGACUCGGAGCUGGAGAUUACCGACGUCAGCGGCUGCAGCUCUGACAGCGAGGGCGACGAGGGCCUCCCCGUGCCCCCCAAGGCCAAGGCGGGCAAAGGGGGGGUCGGCAGCUGA